CGUCGGCGGCAGGUCGGAGGUAUUGUGUAGCACUCGGGAGGUUUUGAUCGGACAGAUGGAGACAAUCAGGACUUGAGAUCAGAUCAGAAUGAUUUAAGGAUUUUCUUUUAAAUAUAUAUAAAAAUAUAUAUUGAGAAAAAAAAAGCGGUUUGGCAAUGAGUUGAAUUUUUAGACUUUUUAAAAAAAAAAACGGUUUCUUAUUACUCUGUGUGUAUUUGAAGUAUACCCAUCUUAAAGUAUUUAACAGUGUUUGUUUCAUAUUUUUUUAACGCGUUUUUAACACUGGAUUAAACGAAUCGACAAUAAGCAUCAGCACUGCUCUCGGACCCCCCCACCCCCCACCCCCCCCCAGUGUGCAAACCUAGUUUCCGCGGGGACAGUUUGCCGAGCGGCGGCCACCCCCCCCUCCCCCUCCCCAUCCCAUCCACCCCCCACAAAGUGUCGGUGUUGCGGGGUAACGGGGUUACGGGACGGGGAAGGGGGUUUCGGAGGAGCCGUCGGCGUGCACGCCUCUUCGGGGGGGGGGCAGCUCAGCGAAAACCCUUUUGUAAUAAACCAACCCGUAAAGCAGCAGGUUUACUAUGAAUGAGUUUGAGCACCUUCCUGUUGAAGGCGUGGGCGCUGGCGUCGGGUUGGAGAAACGGGGAAAUGAUGAGGAAAGCUUGGAGGGGGAGGGGGAUGAGGAGGGGGGGGGGGGAUAUGGGGGGUGGAGGGGGGGUGGUGUCCAGGCAUUGCAUGCAAUAAGUUCUACUUUGUUUAAAGGGGAGGGGAGGGGGGGCAGAUUUCUUUUUUUCUAAACGUGCACUACCAAGUCAAGCAGGCUGCGAUUGAAGAGUCACAUUUUAAAUCCCAAUAUUUAAUCACUGAACUCCAUCCAGAUUAAAGGAUCACUCCCCGUUAGUGACAUUUCAAAGCAAUAUUAACCCAGUUUUCAAAUGCGGAGAAAAGAAAGAAAAAAAAACAAAAACACGAAGCUAUAAUUCUACUCAUUGUGGUUGUCGGUCUAUUUUGGCUUAUCUUGUGUCUGUACUUUUCAUUUAGUGAUUUUUUUGAUUUCCUCCGGUUAAUUUUUUCCUUUUGCUUGUGUCAAUCAGUGGGAAUGUGCAUUUUUUGGUGGAAUAGUUAUCGUAGGCUGUAGACGAUUUUCUUUUUCGUGUAACAAAAUGUAGACUUUGCUCGCCUGCAUGCCAGAGUAUUGUCCUUCUUUUUUUUUUUUUUUUGAAAAGAGAAAAAAAUGAGAAAAAAUGUUUUUUGAAUCAUAUUUAUUAUGAGAAAGAUGGAAAAAAAAAUAUAUAAACACUUUUUUUUUUUUUCUCGGGGUAAAUGUUCUAUCAGUUUAAGUGGGACUGUUUUUUAGGCUAGCAAUAUUUGUCCGGUCUCUCUAAGAUGUAUUUUAAAGAUUCCUACACAAAUGUCGGUAAUUCGGGAGGUACAUGCUGUCUUUGAGGUGGUGGUGGCGGUGAUGGUGGUGGUGGUGGGGGCGGGGGUGUGGGGGUGAGCAGGUCUUUGCGUUGCGUUCAAAUCCAAACGAGGUACUUUCUUCAAAUGUGGACCCGUUAAAGACCGACCCUCCUCCCCCUCCUCUCCCCCCUCCUCUCUCCUCUCUGCCAGGUUACUGUAGCGAGUGUCCAUUAUUUUUAUUUUUAAUUAUUUUUAAUUAUUUUUUUUUGUCUCCUCACUCCUGGUUUGUACCUGUGGCCUCCCUUUUUAGUGAUGCGGGUGGGGGGAGGCUCUCCUGUUUCCAUGGCAACUACGCUAACCCCUCACAAAACGCACUUCCUCUUUUUUGGGGUCCCCACGGCAUCGACGGAGCAGGAUUACCUCUUUUUAACCUUUUUAGAAAAAAAAAAGAUUUCAGAAAAAACAAAAACAACAAUCCACUAUUCUUUCUGUGCCCCGAUAGAAAAGAGAGCAUGAAUUAUUUUGAAAUUCCUCUCACUUUGAUAUCUUGUUAUAUCUCGACAGAUUUGUAAUUUGACAUUGUGUAUUGUGUAAUUUUAUUUUUUUUAUUUUUUUUUUUUUCGGUUCCUUUUUAAUUUUUUUUUUCGUCCGGGGGUUUGUUAUAGCUCUGAUCUGUUUAUUUUAUUUUAUUUUAUUUUAUUUUAUUUUUUUCUGCUAGUGGUCUCUGAAACUGUGUGUGUGCUCGUCCAAUAGCAAUAGAAUCGCAGAAUCCGAUUGUGUGAACGGAACCCUUUUUUUGAUUGGUUGUGAGGAGGGGGGAGGGGGCGGGGCUAGAACACGCCCCGCCUCCAGCGGAGGGCCAUUCACUUGCUGUUAUUGCUAUUAUGUGACAUGUUCAAAUACUUUCUUUUUCUUUUUGAUUGUUUUUUUGUUUUGUUUUUUUGUUUUUUUAGCCUGCAGGGAAUUCUUGUGUUAAUGUGCAAAGUAAUAAAUUGGUAUUUUAUGCCUAUAACAUA